GUUGUGUUAGGUUGUUGUGGAUAGAAAAACAAAAUGUUCGUCUACCUAAGCAAAAAGAUCGCAAUACCGAACAACACAAGACUAAAUUGCUUGUCUUGGAACAAAGAUCAGGGAUACAUUGCUGUUGGUGGCGAUGAUGGAUUGGUUAAAGUACUUAAGUUGGAAGGAUUAUCGUCUUCAGCGCAAACGAAGGGUAGUCUGGCAGCAUCAAGUAAUCUAUCGAUGAACCAAACAUUAGAAGGGCACAAAGCACCAGUGCAGGUAGUGACAUGGAAUGAUUCGAUGAGUAAGCUAACAACUUCCGAUCGGGAUGGGGUCAUUAUGGUUUGGAUGUUAUAUAAGGGCAAUUGGUUUGAAGAAAUGACGAAUGAUCGGAAAAAGUCUACUGUAAAGGGGAUGGCUUGGCAAGCAGAUGGUCAGAAAAUAUGCAUUGUUUAUGAAGACGGUGCGAUAAUCGUUGGAGCUGUUGAUGGUAAUCGUAUUUGGGGUAAAGAAUUGAAAAAUACUCCGCUUACGGGUGUUCAAUGGUCGCCAGACGGUCGAUUACUGUUGUUUAGCCUAAAAAGCGGCGAGCUUCAUCUGUACGACAACCAAGGCAGCUUCGUUAUGAAGCUUAACAUUCAAUGCGUAAAUUUGGCACCUUCGAGAUAUAUGUACGUUGCUGCGAUGUCAUGGUACCAUGGAAAUGUAUCACCGAAUCGACCCACACUAGCGAUUUGCUACGAAAUUGGGAAAAUUCAACUGAUGAGGAACGAAAACGAUGACUUUCCUAUAAUCAUUGACACUGACAUGCAAGCGGUGGAUUGUUUGUGGAAUCACGACGGUUCAAUUCUGGCGGUUUGUGGGAUUCGGGCGGGUGCUGGUAUUGAGCGGGAGUCUAAUGUUGUAACGUUUUACACACCAAUGGGAGAGCAUUUGCGAACCUUGAAAAUCCCUGGCAAAGAAAUAACAGCUUUGUCGUGGGAAGGCAAAUCUCUCCGGAUUGCUUUAGCUGUGGACAGUUUCAUUUAUUUUGCCAAUAUUCGUCCGGAUUACAUGUGGUGCUAUUUUGGCAAAACCGUUGCGUACUUAAAUGCAGGUAAUGAUGAUGCAGUUGUUACAUUUUGGGAUACGACAUCCAAUCAGUGCUUCUUGAAACAAGUCGACCCACCUCUCUGCAUUGCCGCUACUUUGGAGCAUUGUGUUAUUGCGGUUGAAUACUCACAGGUGACUCCAAAAGAUCCGAAUAUUGUCGUCGAGACCCAUUUCAAGGAUAAGAAAUAUCAACUGCUCGUAUGUAAUGCCAUCAGCACCACCGUUGACUCCAAAUAUACCGACUUGAAACCGCACUUCAUAGCCAUGAAUUCACAGUACGUCGCAAUUGCAUCGAAGGAUCACUUCAUGCUGUGGAACUAUCACACACCCAAAGGUUUCUCCAACAUUCACGGUGCGAAAGCGCGCAAAGACAAACGUUUCCAUAUUGACGAUACGCCAUCCGGUGUGGUCGAAGUACUAAACGAUUUGGAUAAGGGCGGAUAUGAGCCUCCAAUCAACCGCAACUCUACAACUGAUCCGAUUUGCUGUUUAGCAAUGUCAGACAAGCUGCUACUUAUUGGCAGAGAAUCAGGAUCGGUCAUCGAGUAUACCAUACCGCAUGUUGCUGUUAGAAAUCGGCAUGCAAUGUCCCAUCGGCCGAUUAAAAUGUCGAUUAAUUCGAAUUCGAGCCGUGCAGCAGUAAUCGAUUCGGUGGGUGUGCUCUCUACGAUUGAUCUAAUUGAUCCGAAGGACGGCAGUCGCGGCAACUUGAUGAAUGACGGAAAAAUUGAGAGAAAAGAUGUGUGGGCAAUGUGUUGGGCGAAAGAUAAUCCACACCUGCUAGCUCUGAUGGAGAAAACCAGAAUGUAUGUACUGCGUGGAGCCGAUCCUGAAGAGCCGAUCUCCUGUUCCGGAUAUAUCUGCAAUUUCGAGGAUUUAGAAAUAACGGGAGUGCUGUUGGAUGAUCUUGUUAAUGGAUCAUCUGUACCGGAUAGUGGUGAGCACCUACUACAAUUGAGAGUGAAAUCGUUGAGGGAUACCGAAGAGCUGUUGGCCCAUGUCGGUGUAGCAGAAGCUAAGCAGUUCAUUGAAGACAAUCCUCAUCCAAGAUUGUGGCGGCUUUUGGCAGAAGCAUCGUUGAAGAAAUUAGAUUUGGAAACAGCAGAAGGAGCUUUUGUUCGAUGUGCUAACUAUCCGGGACUUCAGUUGAUAAAACGGCUACGAAACAUUCAGAAUGAAAAUCUUCAGAAGGCAGAAGUAUCAGCAUUCUUUGGAGAUUUCGAAGAGGCGGAAAAGUUGUACAUGGACGAGGAUCGAAGAGACUUGGCAAUUGGCUUAAGACAAACUCUAUGCGACUGGUUUCGAACAGUUCAACUGUAUCGAAUGAGUCCCGGAAUAUCGGACCAACAGAUGGAGAAAGUGUGGCAAGAGAUUGGAAACCAUUUCUCUAAUCUGCGGUCGUGGGAAAGUGCUAAAGAGUACUACGACAAAGCACACCACAUUGAGGGACUAAUUGAUGCGCUAUACCAACUGGAAAAAUACGACGAACUAGAAGGAUGCAUCCAGAGACUGGGCGAAAAGAACCCUCUGCUGGGGAAAUUAGGUCAAAUGUUAGCUUCAGUUGGCAUGUGUGACCAAGCUGUGGCUGCAUACAUUAGAUUGGGCGACGUAAAGUCGGCAGUGAAUACAUGCGUGAAUCUUAAACAGUGGGGGCAAGCUGUCGAGUUGGCCCAGAAAUACAAAAUGCCCCAGAUCGGAACACUACUGGGAAAGCAUGCCGCUCAAUUGUUGCAAGAAAAUCGUCUACCCGAGGCCAUUGAAUUGCAGCGUAAGGCUGGUCGAUAUUUGGAUGCAGCCCGUUUGAUGACAAAAUUAGCCGAAGGAGAAGUAGAGAAGAAAUCGAACUUGUUGCGCGUCAAGAAAAUUUACAUUCUCGCCGGACUGUUGGUGGAAGAACAGUUGAGAGUGCAAUCGUCGCUGUUGGGCAGCACAAGAUUGUCGGUUUUAUCCAAUCUCUCGCCGGAGGACUCAGUUUUGGUCGAACAGAUCUGGCACCAUGCGAACGCCUAUCAUUUUAUGUUACUUGCACAGCGACAAUUGCGAUCUGGUUUGAUGCACAGUGCAGUGCUAACGUCACUGCGACUUCGUGAUUUCGAAGAUGUUCUAGACGUGGAAGAUAUCUACAAUUUGCUCGCAUUGGCCAGUUGUGCCGAUCGAUCGUUCGGGACGUGUUCGAAGGCUUUCAUCAAAUUAGAAUCUCUCGAAGAGAUACCAGAACAACGGCGUCAGGAGUAUGAGGAGUUAGCGGUGAACAUUUUUUCGAAAAAUGAACCGAAUGAUAGUCGAACCGAUCGCGUUGAUUGUUUUGUUUGCGAAGCAUUGGUACCGAAUUGGUGUUCGUCGUGUCUAAAUUGUGGAACACAUUUUCCUGCCUGCAUUGCAUCCGGAAAGUCGUUGAUGUCGCCGACAGAAGCAUGGCAAUGCAAGACAUGCCAUCAUUGUGCAUAUCCAAUGGAAAUAGCGAACAGAGAUACGUGUCCGCUGUGUCACAGUUUCAUUUUAAAAACACUGUAAACCGGUCAGGCGACAAUACAAAAGCAGAUCUCAUCUGUUCAAACGAGUUUUAUUUUGCGCUCGAAAAGUACCCAACGGGAAUGUCAACCUCAGACUUGAAUGGAAUCACGUAACUUUCGCG